CGUAAUGAUAUACUAUACUGAUAAGAGCAAGGCCAUCUCGUGAUAACAACGUAAUAGUUGUAACUGCUACUUGGAAGGCUUUCUGACAUUGGAACAAAAAUCGAAGCGGCAAAAAGAAAGAUUAACAAGCCAGCGUAAAGUAAUAUGUCGAAGAUACUAAAUGAUCCAAUACAUGGCACAAUCGAGCUAGACCCACUACUGAUAAAAAUAAUUGAUACACCACAGUUUCAACGACUGAGAAAUAUCAAACAACUUGGAGGGUGUUAUUUUGUUUAUCCAUCUGCAUCACAUAACCGUUUUGAGCACAGUAUUGGAACAUGUUUCUUAGCCAGUAAACUAGCACGUCAAUUGCAAAAACGGCUUAACAAAGACAUAAAGAAGUUAGAGAAAGAAGGGGACGAUGAAAAGAAAAUGAAAUUAAAAAAAGCAGAAAUGAGCAAGAAAGACAAACUGUGUAUAGAAAUAGCAGGCUUAUGCCAUGAUAUAGGACAUGGACCAUAUUCUCAUUUGUUUGAUCAAUUGUUUAAAAAAGCAAUGAAAAAGAAGGACCCGAGCACGAAGGAAUGGAAGCAUGAAGAUGUUUCAAGAAUGAUGAUAGACUAUAUGAUUAAAGAAAAUGAUGAUCUUAAAGAGGCAUUCCAAAUGAAAUUUGGUGCAGAUACGGAGAGGAGUACGCAGUUCAUCAAAGACCUUAUCGACGGAACUAAGAAAGAAACGGAAGAUAAAGCAAGACAUUACAUGUAUGAGAUUGUAGCAAACAAGCGAAAUGAGAUAGAUGUUGAUAAAAUGGACUAUUUCGCUAGAGAUUGUCAUGGACUCGGAAUGAAAAGUAACUUUGACCAUCUGCGUUUCAUCAGUCAAUGUAGAGUGAUGUUCGCAAGUGAUACCCCUGAUGAAACUACUAUUGCUGUUCGAGAUAAGGAAGAGUAUAAUUUGUAUGAACUGUUUCACACCAGAAUUGGACUUUUCAGAAGAGCUUACUACCAUAAAGUAACUAAGGCAGUAGAGUUAAUGUUCACUGACGCUUUAGUAAACGCCAAUGACCAUUUCUUGUUUCAAAAUAAUAAAAGAGAAGACGUGAAGAUGAGUGAAGCCUGGGAACACCCGGAAGUAUACGUGAAGCUUACUGAUAACGUUUUUGAUGGAAUUUUAAUGGAAAAGAAUCCGAAAAAAGAUAUGCAAAAAGCACAGGAGUUGAUCAUUAACGUCUAUAAACGCAAACUUUACAGGCGAGUUGAUGAAACAUUACCAGUAAAGAAAAUUCAAGGAGAAAAUGAUAAAUUGGAAAGUCUUUUGCUACAGACAGAACUCACCGAAGAUGAUUUUGCAGUGCAAAAAGUUACUUAUUCAUAUGGAAAAGGGCCAGACAAUCCGAUCACCUCAGUUUAUUUCUAUACGAAAGAGAAUGAUACGGACUGUUUUCCAAGCACCAAGUCAAAAAAGACCUCACUGUUUUUGCCAGAAACAUUUCAAGAGGAAACUCUUCGGGUGUAUUCAAAGAACGAUGAAAAAAUCGAUAUAUUAAAGAAAGAAACAACUGUAUGUUUAAAACAGGUUGGCUUAUAUUCCGUGAAUGAUUCAGCAAUCAAACAGGAACACCGGGAAAGUGCGGAAGCUGGAACGGGAACUAAACACAAGUCGAGUGCAGAGGGAACACCCGGUCCUUCGAAGAGGCCAAAGUAAAAACGACGAACAGAUUAACUUUCAUUAGUUGAUAAUGAUCAGGAUUAUCUAAACAUAAUUUAUUUUGCCUCCCUUUAAUUAGCAUACUCUCAUACUUUAAAUAUUUGAGCUUUAAAUCCUAAUUUAUUAUUGUAUUAUUUACUCAUUAAUUAAUUUAUAUAUAUAUCUCUGUGUGUGUGUGUGUGUGUGUGUGUUUUGUUUUUGUUUUUUGUUAAUGUUUUCAGCUCACUUAAUGACUUUAUGUAAAUACCAAGCAUGUGAUAGAUUAAACAUAAUUGUGAUGCUAAUCUACCGAUGCACAUUAGUUAGUCAAUGUUGAAAUCUAAUUUAUUAGUUUGAAAAAGUUCUUACAAUACAUCGAUAUAUUCCUCGGUUUUAACCUUUUUACAUAUCAAGUAAGGGCAAAUUGGUUUAUCAUAUAAUCAAUGAAACCAAACUACGAAAUUAAUGUAAAGAAUAUCGCUACAGCUCUGAAGUGACUAAUCAAAGAUGUAAUGAGAAACACUAUUGUACAAUCAUUUACUUUGAAAUUUUAAUCAAUGUGAUUUGUGUCAAAUAUACAUCAUUUACAUUUUAUAAUGGUUAUCAGUUUAUUGUGAUAUUUAACCAGUUUGUCUCCUAUAAAGUGCAUUAGCUGUCGAAAUUCAUGUUCACCGGUUUGACUCAAAUGCUCAAAUUUGAUUUAUAAUAUACUAAAACGUUUAUCCAAAUAACAAAAAUAUUAGAUAAAUAAUUAACAAUGCAUGGACUCGAUUCUAUGUAUCAGCAUUUCGUGUGUAUUUUUGUCUAGACCCCAUCUAAUUAACCAUCGAAGACCGCCGACCUUCAUAUAACCCGUAAUAAACAUAAAUAUAAAUAUACAAAGAUAGCUAUCACAUGUAAUUGAAUUUUUUUAGGCCUGUGUGAUUUCAUAUUAUAGGUUAAAAAAUAAGUUAAUCAUCGUUUGUACCUGUAUAAGAAUGACUUUUUUUAUGGAUCGAAUCAGUCAACCAAAAUGGUUCACCCUUAUUUCACUUUCAAUGUUGAUAUUCUUUUACUUUUAUACCUGAAUGCGUUACCAAUAUCUAGCUAAGGGGUUAAAUUGAAGGUCAAUUCAAUACAAAAUCAAUGAGGUUAAAUUAUUGACUAGCAAGUCAAUAGUACAUCAGCGGUGUUUGUGCGCUUAUUUUUACAAAUUUGACUGCUUAUUACGAAAUACUACUUAAUUUUUAUUAAAUUUUUUGUCUAAAUUGUAGAUAAUGCCCCUUUAAGGACAAUAUCACUUCUUUAUAAACGAAGCUUAAUUGUUGUCGUACACUUUAUUAAGUUUUAUUAUUUGUUUAGUGUUGAUUUAACAACUAAUUGAUUGCGUAAUUAUUAAUAAUUGUAGUGUGCUUUAGUCAUCAGAAUGAUAUCAAUUAGAAUUGUAAAAAACACAUUGGUUAUGUUAAAUUUAUUUUAAGACACAUUUUGAAACAUAAAUUCAAAAGUGUCGAUGCCGAAUAAAAUUACGUAUGAUAUUUAACACAAGUGAGAGGUUAAGCUAGCUAUAAAACCUGGAUUAAUCCACCAUUUUCUACAUAAGAAAAUGCCUGUACCAAGUCAGGAAUAUGGCAGUUGUUUUCCAUUCGUUUGAUGUGUUUGAGUUUUUGAUUUUGCCAUUUUGUUAAGGGACUUUCCGUUUUGAAUUUUCCUUGGAGUUCGGUAUUUUUGUUAUUUUACUUUUUAGGGAUAUCAACACAGUGAUAGAAUACAAUUAGGAAUAUGAUAUGAGCACAAACAUAUUGUUUAACUAUUAGUAUCGGUGUUGUCGUCGUUGUAUGUGGUUGAUUGAGUAUAGAGUAUUAUAAAGAUCAUUUUAUUGGGUACAGAAUGAAUAAAAUUCUCUUUUUA